CCGAACUGAGAAGGUGUGUGUGUAAUUUGGCUAUGGGGACCCAUCCGUGAGUUUCCAAAACUCGCAUCCCAUAAAAAAAAGGGCGGCGAGUUUUUGUACGUAGUAAAACUCGUCGCUCGCAGGAAAAAAUAUCCCAGAUUGAUAAAAUAAUGUUCAAUGGACAUUUAUGAAGGUGUUGUAAAUUUUAUGAGGUGAUUUUUCUUUAUAAGUGAGAUGAAAUUUAUGAUUUGUACAAAUGGUUAAACACCUGUUUUGGAUUGUGACGAGUUGUUUGGUACGUGAAUCAGAUACAAUAGAUGUUGCUACCUCCCAGAACACCUGUGAUGAGAGAGGAAUCCCACGUGACGCCAGAGAGAGAAAUCUAUAAAAAUCUAUAAUUUACCACGAAAAAAAAAGAUGUCAUCUAUAAUCAGUUACAAGAUUCCAAAUCAGUCACAAGGACAUGAAUAAUGACUGAAAAUGGAAAAUGAAUGACAUGCCAAAUGGUAAAUGAAUGACUUCGAAUUUUGAUAGGGGAGAUGAAUAAUUACGUAAUUUUUAAUAAGGAAAAUGAAUAAUUACGUGGACUGAAAUGUGGGAAAUGAAUAAUUACAUGAACUGAAAUAUGGAAAAUGAAUAAUUAUGUGAAUUGAAAUAUGAAACCUGAAUAAUUACGUGAAUUUUAAUAUGGAAAAGGAAUGAAAUGGAUAAGAUAAAAGACAGAUGUAUAAUUGGGAAUUUUUAUAAUGAAGCUUAAAAUAUAAUGAAUUGUGAUUGUGACGAAAAAUCAUUGUGAGUUUCGUGUUUCAUAGAUAAUAAUGACACACAGUGAGAUGAUGACGUGAUCUGAUAAUGAAUGAAUUAUUGUAUAAUCAUUAAAAAGUUCUGAAAAGGAAUAAUAGUUAGAACUUAAAAAGAAAUAUGGUUUUAAAUUCAUAAAGUUUUUGGGAGAUUAUGCCAUAAAUGACUACGGGUUUAAAACAUAUUAUUUAGAUUGGAUCGCAUUUUGUAGACUGAAAAAAAUGAUAAUGAAAUGGGGGAAAAAUCCACUGAAAAUUAUAUUUCAAAAUAAUUGUUCAUGAAAUUGAUAAAUUAUGAAUGAAGUUCAUGAAAUAAGUGAUAACAUUUACAUAAACGAAAAAAUAAAAUAGAAAAAUGAUUAAAACAAAUGUGAAAAUGGAAACCAAACAUUGAAAAAUUAAUUUUAAUAAAUCUAUUUAUGAAAACCAAUAAACGCAAGACAAAAUACAAUAAUGUCUGAUAUCUGGAUACAUUAUAUUGUAUUCUCCAUGGCUGUUGGUUGGGUUUUAGUGAAGGCCAAGUCCGGUACAGGACUCUAUACAGGCCCUUACUUCCCCUCCCCAAAGCCCCAGAAUAUCACGGUCCACCAGAACACCAUCGCUUAUCUGCCCUGCUCUGUCAAACAGCUCGGAGACAAAUCGGUCUCCUGGGUGCGACAGAGGGACGCAGACAUCCUGACGGUGGACAGGUACACCUUCGUCAGAGACGAGAGGCUCUCCGUACAUUACAUCCCAGACACGGAGACCUGGACUUUGGUCAUCACAUACGUACAGGAGAGGGAUGCUGGCACUUACGAGUGCCAGAUCUCCACAGAGCCCAAGAUGUCCAUGCUCGUCCACCUCAAUGUCAUCGUGCCACAAGUCGAAGUCGUCGGGGCAGUGGACAAAUACGUCCGCAAGGGUUCGACCGCCACCAUGGAGUGCAUAGUGAGCUCGACAGUCCAGCUACCAGACUACAUCUUCUGGUACCACUCGGGGAAGAGACUGCUCGAGUACGACCACCCGAGAGUCAAGUUCUCCGUUAGCAAGAAGGGGGUCAAGGGCGCGGAGAUGAGCAUCACGUCGUCUCUGGAGAUCACGGAUGCUGUGUCGUCUGACGAGGGGAACUACACCUGCCUCCCUUCCAAUCUUCCAGCGGCCACGACGAUCCUGCAUGUCCUCAAUGACGAGCAUCCAGCAGCCAUGCAAACUGGCGCUGCCAUGUUGACGGACCCUCCGUCACCGCACGGGAUUUUAGCCAUCGUCAUUCUCGCUUUCAUAUUCGUCCACAUCCCCCUGGAAUUCCAGGCCUUUGGCGGCUGGAACCCAGCCUUCCAGGCUCAAGAAAAGACUUCGAAAACCAGACUUCCCAAGCCUUCCAGAUCAAAGAAGAAGCGGGCCAGGUCGUUCGACGAAAUUGGUCCUCAACUUCUAAGAGACUUUCCAGAAGGUGGCCCGCUGAAAAGGUUCCAGGAGCACCUCAAAGGCUUUCCAGAAAGCGCUCCAGCAACGGCUGGAACUGAGGUGAACGAAAGGGCCAGGUCAUUUGCCAGAACUGGCCCUCAAUCUCUCAGAGGCCUUCCAGAGGAUGCCCAGCCAAAGACAUUCCAGAAGCAUCUUAAAGGCUUUCCAGAAAGCGUUCCAGCGACUGGAAUGGAGGUGAACGCCACUCACGGGAGACUUUUACAGAACGAUUGCUCGCUUACAGUCGUCCUCUACGGUAGAAAUAAGAUUUUAAAUUGCCUUGUUUGCAGAUCAAACAAGAGCCACAGGGUGGCGCUCUCUUUGAAGACAUGAUGGAUUCUGGAAGCUGUGUAGGAAUUUUGAGAGGCUCAACAAAUAGGACUCUGUGGGAAAUCAAUGAUUUUCGACGACAAGAUUCCGACUCAGAAAUGUGCUCAUUGGAGAAUCAAUGAUUCUUUAGACUAAAGAAUCUGAUUCUUGGGUAAAUUAUUUAUUCUCGUCAACGAUGAGAGUCAUAUAUAAUGAGAUCACCAGAAACUAAAUAAUUCUCUUUACGCAAAUAUUUGCUCAUUAGAAAAUCAAUGAUUCUAGUCAAGAAUUAGACUCAGAAAUGUGCUCAUUGUAAAGUCAUUGAUUCUUAUCAAGAAUUAGGCUCGUAAAUGUGCUUACUUGGAAAAAAUCAAUGAUUCUCUUGACUCAAAAAAGUGCUCAGUGGAAAAAAAUCAAUGAUUCUCUUGACUCAAAAAUGUGCUUGCACAAAAAAAAAAAAAAUCAAUGAUUCUCUUGACUCAAAAAUGUGCACAGUGGAAAAAAAUCAAUGAUUCUCUUGACUCAAAAAUGUGCUUUGAAAAAAAAUCAAUGAUUCUCUUAAAUCAAAAAUGUGCUCAGUGGAAAAAAAUCAAUAAUUCUCGACUCUAAAAUGUGCUCGGUGGAAAAAAUCAAUGAUUCUCUUGACUCAAAAAUGUGCUCAUUAGUGAAAAAAAAAAAGAAAUUUAGUCAAAAUGUUUUAGAGAAAACCAAUUCAAGAAUUUCUGUCUGUAUAUUGACGAAAAAAUCGAUACAACACGAUUAUUAUUAUAUUAUUAUUGUUGUUGUUGUUGUUGUUGUUAUUAUUAUUAUUAUUAUUAUUAUUAUUAUUAUUAUUAUUAUUAUUAUUAUUAUUAUUAUUAUUCAUUUUGGUGAAUUAUUACAUGUGUUUUUCUGGGUGUUUUGACAAUAUUCCAGUAAUGCUUUAUAUUUUUCUGAAAUUUUGAAGUUAACUGAACAUUGAAAAAGAAACUGAUAAUUAUAAUCAUUCACCUCUCCAAUCAAGAGAUUAACUGCUCCUUGGAAAAGGGAAGACUGUAGAAAACAUGAAUAAUAUUUCGAAAGGUUUUAUAAACCUUAUAAAAGUCACUUGUUCUAUAUAAAAGUGAUAACCAAACAUCUGUCGAAGCUUUAAAAAAAAAAGCAAGUUAUUCUGUGGACUUCAAUAUCUCCUUCAGACGGGAAUUUUGGUUGAUAUAUUAUUUUUUGGGUUUUGGAAUAGUCAGAAACAGUUCAUUAAAGACGAGAAACUUAUGACGUGAGUAUUCCCGGAUUCCAAGUUUGGAAUUGGUGGAAACAGUUCGUAUCACAAGACGACAGCGAAAAAAAAAAAAAAAAAAAAAAAAAAAAAAAAAAAAAAAGAGUUCGUGCAAAAUUAUACUCUUUUUUAUUGAGAAGAAAAUAUUUGUAUGAAGAAUAAAUAGUUCGUUUUAAGAGGAAAAACAGUUUUAUAAAGAUUAAACAAUCGUUCUAAGAAGAAAAAAUGAAGAUAAACAGCGUUCUUUAAGAAUAGAGAGUUGUAUGAAGAAUAAACAGUUUGUUUUAAGAGGAAAACAGUUUUAUAAAGAUUAAACAGUUGGUGUUAAGAGAAAAACAGUUUUAUAAAGAUUAAAAGUUCGUUUUAAGAGGAAAAAAGGUUUUUAUGAAGACUAAAUAUUCCUCCAGACGAAACAAACAGUUUUUACAAAGCAAAAAACAUUUUUGGAAAACAAAAUAAAAGCAUAAUUUAGGCUUUCAGAAAACUCUUACAUCUCACACCGUUUAUGAGCAUUUGCAAACAUUCCAGCAUUUUUAUAUCUUUGUACAUCCAUAGAGAUUUUGACCCACCAAAGAAAAACCAGGUUAUAACCUUCCGUUUUUUCCCCCGUUUCCAGUCUUUAGAGGCUUCGUAGAUACAGCCUUUGACGAAAUCUAUUCGUGUACGAAACCCAGAGAAAGGUUUUUUGCUUUCGUGGGUAUUCGUGACUUAACGAAACUCACGAACGACCGAAAAAGAAAGCCAUUUUUUGUAAACAAAAACAUUAAAUAUUUUUUUUU